AUGAAAAUCACCUUCAGAUUAUCCACCGAGUUGUCGUACACUGUAACAGUGCCUGAUAACUCCACCGUGGAGGACCUUGCUAACGCUGCCAAGGUGGGCUGCCCUCCAGAAACGUCGUUGCCUUCGGAUUUUAAGCUCAUUUAUAAUGGUUCUCGUUUGGCUCCGUUUUAUAAGCCGCUAGAGACGUUUAACUUGGUUCCUUCGAACUCCCACAAUACGGUCAUUCUUAUGAACGCUGCUGACGCUCCAGAAGCAACGCCGGCUCCGGCUAAAACACCUGCUACUUCUACAAAGAAGAAGUCCAAGAAGAACCGCUGCUCGUUCAGCUCAUGCACUUCGGUUGCCCUUAGAAUGGUGGGCGACUGUGGCCACUGCAACGGCAAGUUCUGCGCCAAACACCGUCUUUUGGAGGACCACUCUUGCACGGGCUUGCAGUAUUGCAAGGACGAUGCCCAUGAGAGAAACGCCAUGAAGCUUCAGAGCGAAAGCACUAUUGCAUCUAGAGUUUAG